CCGUUAUUUAGAUGUAUGGUAGAAUACAUAUAUACAAUAGAACCUUUUAACUCGUUGUCUAUACACUCGUGUAAUGCAAAUAAGGAUACUAUUGAUUUAUGUAAUAAUGAUUCAAUUACAGAAAAUGUGAAAAGUUCUCAUAAAAUAAACACCACAAUUUUAGGUAAAUCAAUUAAAAAGUUAUCACAAAAUGUAAUUAUGAAUUACAAAAUCACAAAUAUGUGUAUUCCAGUAUCAAAUAUGUCAGAUUUAGAUAUUUCUAAAAUUAUUCAAGAUACCAUCCCCGAAUUUGCCUUUAAUCCAGCCAUUCUAACAAAUCAGAUUCAUAACAUAUCCUUAGAUUUACUGACCUCAAACAAAUCAAAUUUUCCUCAAUAUCAUACAUUUACAAUUACAGAUUCAGAUGGCUACUUUUUGUUUGGAUUUGUUAGAAAUAUAUUGCUUCACAAAGUUGUUGAAAAAAAAUCGAAAUCCUUGAGUUAUAUAAAAUGCCUUGUGUUAUUAAGUCAUAAACCUUGGCAUAAAUCAUUUUAUUUAUUACUUGAUCAUUUAGGAUAUUUAUCAACACUUUCAGAGUCUUCCCACAAACCUCAAUUUUGCUCAGAAAAUAUCAAUAAAUUCUUAGAUAUUUUAUACCAUAAAUACCCAGAAAAUAAAUUCAAAUUUUGUUUUGAUAACAAAAAUGUUGAUGAAUAUCAUGUGGAUAUAGUUAAUAAUUUUUAUAGAUUGCAUUGUCCUUCACAUAGUCGAGUUACAUUGAUUGAUUUUCCUUUAGAAUCAAGAGAUUAUAAAUGUGAUAAUAAUAUCUGUGAUAGUCCUUUUUAUGUAAACCUUGCCUUCCCAUCUAUACCAGAGAGCAUCAUAAUGACUGACCUAUACAAAUACCUUUCGAUUUCUUCCAUGAUUUCCUAUUGGACCAACUUGCUGCGCGAAAAUAGAAUAAUAUUAGUUUCCGAUCAUUUGGACAGGAUAUCUCACUGCGCGUUUGCCGGCAUAACUCUUCUAUACCCGAUGUAUUGGCAACACGUGUUUAUACCAGUGCUUCCGGCCUCCAUGCUGGAAAUCCUAAAUGCUCCUAUGCCUUAUUUAAUAGGCAUGUCACGCCCCCUUUUCGAUUCCUGCAAACUUUCCCGCCAUCUUACUCCCGCUAUCUCUUCCAACGGAUUUCCUCCACCCGAUAACAACGUCUCCUCUACUACAUUUUCCGAUCAAGUUAUAACUAUAUUCGACCUGGACAAAUGCCUCAUAUACACCUACACAGACUCAUCAUCUUUCCUACCUAAUAGCAUCAGCUCUAACACUUCUAGCAACAUUUUUACGUCCACUAGGGAUAGCGAACGACGAUCCCCAAAAACUGGUAAAAACAAUAAUAACGGAGCUAAGUUUUUUAACCCCUCCACUGAAACUUACUCCUCUUCGCUGUUGAACGGUGCAUCUAACGCGGCCGACGACGAUGUCGGCAAUAAUAACGGGUCACUGCUACCGAAUUACUUAGUGACGGAAUUGAAAGAAAAACUAACCCAGUUUGAAGGUCUUUGUCGCGAAGCGUCACCCGAUACCGUAGGACCUUGCAAGAUUCCCAUCGCUUUCAUAUUUUUUCGUACUCUCCUUGACUUGAUAGGCAAUUACCGAGCCGGUCUCAAUUUCGACCCAGGUCAAGUUAUAACGUUCAACCCUAAAAACUUCGUUAAAACUGCCAGGGCCAGUUUAAGACCUUGCCUCGAAGAAAUCGUCAAGAGCCAGAUGUUUCAACAAUUUAUUACAGAACGAUUGCAUUUACUCAAUGGAGGCCUAGGCUUUAACGACGCCUUCGAAAGGGCAAUCAAUGAAAAUUCCUUGCAAGUCGGUAACACGAAUAGCGCCACACAGUUACAAAAAUACGUCAAUUACAUGAAAGGCGAAGGCGAUUUUUACCUGACCGUUCUUAAACGCAAGACCAGCCAAGUUCUAGAAAAGGAGUUUUUCCUAAAGCGAGCCGCUAAAUUGCUGACUUCCAAACUGGCGAACCCUAGCCACCCUUUCCUAGGUCAUAAUUCUAAUAACCUCAACAAAAAUAUCGAUGCCGAUGACCCUCUUAAUAAUGGGUCGGGACAUUUUUACGACGUAUCUCCUCCCUUUGAUAGUAGCGAUAGCGAUGGAAAGAAUAGUAAUAACAAAAGCAAGCAUUUAAAUGGCCAUUUUUCGUCCUGCGAACGUCAAUCAUCCCUUUUCUCAGAAAACGCUUCCCCACAUGCUUCCAAUUUUUACCUGAACGAAUCUUCGGGUGCCAUUCGAAGAUUUGAUCCUGAGAAGAUUCUCAUGAAUAAAAAGAUGGUUCUUAACGAUGAUUCCGGUUAUGCAACUAGCGGUGCUCCUAACAGCCUAAAUGGUACUAUGAACGGGGCUUCAAUAUCCUUCGAAAACGAUUUCAACCCCGAAAUAUCCUCUUCCUAUCCUGACAAUCACAGCUCCGCAUUUAAAUUAUCCAAUGGAUACAUUAAGAAUAAAAAAAUGUAUCUCCCCCAAAAUUUGCCAUUUUCUGUCGACGUUGGAGCAACAACCAAAGAACGCAGUUUGAUAGACUUAGAUUGCGAAAUCGAAGGUCCGGGUCACUUUGCCUUGCUAGAACAAAAUCUUUUGGGUUACUCGCUAGCAGAUAAAGUUUCUGACAUGAAUCACAUUCAAAAUAUAAAACGCCAGUCUCAUUCUUCAACAGGAGGAAGGCAAUGGGAAAAAUUUGAAUGAGGAUUUCGCUUGUCUAAUACUUUUUGUAAUGUAUUUAGAUUCGUAGGUGUCACAUGGUUAUAUUCAAUAUAAGGUUGUGUUUGAGUAUAGAUUUAGUUUUAAUAGAUUUUAUUAUGUUUGAUAGGUAUACCUUGUUUAACUUCAAAUUUAUUAUGUUAAGAUUUAAGAACAAAAAAUGAUUUUUUUAGC